AUGAGACUCGGUGACGAAACAAAAAAAGAUGACAAGGGUUACAGUGUCGAGCAGCACGUGCAAAUCAUAAAAUUGUUUUAUGAAAAUGGGUCUUCAGUUCGAGCAACGUUCCGCGCACUUCGCCCGUUUUACGGUCGCGAUGAUCGUCCUGCCGAGUCGACUAUCCGUCGAUUGGUGGACAAAUUCGAGUCAACCGGGUCAGUUAACAAUCAGCCGGUUCCCGUGCGUCAACGUAACGCGAGAUCUGCCGAGAAUAUCGCCGCUGUGCGCGACAGUGUCCUCGAAAACCCGCGGCAGUCAAUUCCGCGUCGCGCACAGGAACUCGGCCUUUCGCAGACGACAACUUGGCGAAUUUUGCGUUGUGACUUGAGCCUGCCCCCGUACAAGAUCCAGCUGACCCAAGAGCUCAAGGUUAAUGACCAUAGACAGCGCCGUGUGUUCGCUGACUGGGCAUUAGAGCAGUUGGAAGUUGACGCCGAUUUUGGCAAAAAAAUCAUCUUCAGCGACGAGGCGCAUUUUUGGAUGAAUGGCUAUGUCAACAAGCAAAAUUGCCGUAUUUGGGACGAGACCAAUCCACACGAGGUUCACCAAGUGGCAAUGCACCCGCAGAAAGUGACUGUUUGGUGCGGAUUUUGGGCCGGAGGCGUGAUUGGUCCGUAUUUUUUCGAAAACGAUAAUGGUGUGGCCGUCACCGUCAAUGGUGAGCGAUACCGGUCGAUGAUAACCAACUUCUUUUGGCCUGAAAUCGAGAAUAUGGAUCUGGACAACAUGUGGUUUCAACAGGACGGCGCUACGUGCCACACAGCACACGCUACGAUGGAAGUUCUGCACGAGCAAUUUCUGGACAUGGUCUCGCGCGGAGGCGACGUGAACUGGCCACCGAGAUCGUGCGAUUUGACCCCGCUGGACUUUUUCUUGUUGGGUUUUCUUAAGUCGCAGGUCUAUGCCAACAAGCCGCAAACCACCGAUGCCCUCAAAGUCAACAUACGCCACGCCAUCGAUCAAAUACAGCCCGAUUUGUGCGCCAGAGUCAUCGAAAAUUGGACCUUUCGUGUGCGCGCCACCAACCGAAGCCGUGGCGGUCAUUUGAAUGAUGUCAUAUUUCAUACAUAAUGGGGUCGAUAGACCUUCCAAAUAAAAAAAAAAUUUCGCAAAUAUCUUUCCUACAUGUAUUUUUUUUUUGCAUUUCAAAGAUCAAGCGCCCUUAAUGGAAAACCCU